CUCAGGGAGCCGCCGGAGAGAGAGAGGGAGAGAGAGCACAUCAUUGCUCUGUGACCAGAGUGGAAAUGUUCGCAAGUUUUGGAAUUUAAAACCAUGGAGAGGAUAUCUACACUGCGGAUCACUUGAACCUGGAUCCUGGACCUUGUGCCUGCGUGGAUGAUGUUCCUGCUGACAGCUUGCAACGCCGAGAACAGGAGAGCAGUUUCAUAGGAAUUUUGUUUUCCAUCUUUUCAUCUUUCCCGCCCCCUCCCCCCCUUUUCCGUGAACUCCCUAAUUCCCUGAUAACAAGAGGACAAAGGAUAGAAAAUCCUGAAUUAGGAUUUGGAGCCACACCAUUUACACCUCCUCCUUUUCCUCCUAUAUCUCCCCGCCCCCUUCCCCCAAUACCCUUAAAUUGACUCACUUAUAAGUUCAAAUAUGUGUCCCCGAUCUCAGUGGGCAGCUUCUGCUGGCAUGUAUAACCUGCUUUUCAUCUUUGGCCUUUUGCUUAUUGUAAACUCAGCCAUCUCUGGAAGCCAGCCUCAGCCCUUCAAACGAUUUGCCCCGACUGAGUGGGGGCUUACACACCUGGCUAUCCACAAUAAAACUGGAGAAGUGUAUGUAGGAGCUGUCAACUGGAUCUUCAAGCUAUCUAGCAACCUGACCAAACUACGCAGCCACAUGACUGGCCCAGUUGUGGACAAUGAGAAGUGCUACCCUCCACCCAGUGUCCAGUCCUGCCCUUAUGACCAGGCCCAGACCCCCAAUGUGAAUAAGCUUCUUCUCAUAGACUAUGCCCAGAAUCGUCUCAUUGCCUGUGGAAGCACCUCUCAGGGAAUUUGCCAGUUUCUGCGUCUGGAUGACCUUUUUAAGCUGGGAGAGCCCCAUCACCGCAAGGAGCACUACCUGUCCAGCGUGGCUGAGUCAGCUACCAUGUCAGGUGUUAUCAUAAGCUCUCCUCAUAGUCCUAUCAGCAAGCUUUUCAUUGGGACCCCCAUUGAUGGCAAGUCUGAGUAUUUUCCCACCCUUUCCAGCCGCAAGCUAAUGGAAAAUGAAGAAAAUGCUGAUAUGUUCAGCUUUGUCUACCAGGAUGAGUUUGUCUCUUCUCAGCUCAAGAUCCCCUCGGACACUUUGUCUAAGUUCCCUGCAUUUGAUAUCUAUUAUGUUUACAGCUUCAGCAGUGAGCAGUUUGUCUAUUACCUAACCAUGCAGUUGGAUACACAGCUCACUUCACCUGAUGCCAGUGGAGAGCAAUUCUUCACUUCCAAAAUUGUUCGCCUCUGUGUGGAUGACCCAAAGUUUUACUCCUAUGUUGAGUUUCCCAUUGGCUGCACUAAAGAUGGAGUAGAGUACCGCUUAGUGCAGGAUGCCUAUUUGGCCCGGCCAGGCCGACAGUUGGCUAACUCUCUAGGGAUCUCUGAGAAUGAAGAUAUCCUCUUCACAGUCUUCUCACAAGGUCAGAAGAAUCGGGCCAAACCACCCAAAGAGUCAGCACUUUGUCUGUUCACCCUAAGGAGAAUUAAAGAGAAGAUCAAAGAGAGGAUUCAGUCCUGUUAUAAAGGAGACGGGAGGCUCUCCUUGCCCUGGCUACUCAACAAGGAGCUUGCCUGCAUCAACUCGCCUUUGCAGAUCGAUGAUAACUUCUGUGGCCAAGACUUCAACCAGCCUCUUGGGGGAACCAGUACCAUUGAGGGCAUCCCCCUCUUCAUUGACAAAGAUGAAGGCAUGACUUCUGUGGCAGCCUACGAUUACCGCAGCAACACUGUGGCUUUUGUUGGCACUCGCAAUGGCAAGCUUAAGAAGAUCUUGGUGAAUUCGGUGAGUCCUAACCGUCCGGUGGUGCUGUAUGAGAAGGUGACUGUAAGUGAAGGGGGAAGUCCUUUGCUGAGAGACAUGCUGUUCAGCCCCGACCAGCAGUUCAUCUACACACUGACUGACAAACAGGUUGUCAGAGUUCCUGUGGAGAGCUGUGAGCAGUACACCACUUGUGGUGAAUGUUUGGGUUCCAGGGAUCCUCAUUGUGGAUGGUGUGUUCUCCACAACAUCUGUUCUCGUAAGGACCGUUGUGAGCGAGCAGGAGAGCCCCAGAGGUUUGCGUCCGACCAGAGGCAGUGUGUAGAGCUCACCGUCCAGCCAAGAAAUAUUUCUGUCACCAUGUCUGAAGUCCAGUUGGUUCUCCAGGCUCAUAAUGUACCUGAUCUGUCAGCGGGGGUCGAUUGCGCCUUCGAGGACUAUGUGGAGACGGAGGGACAAAUCCAGGGUGAUCUCAUUUUCUGCCUUUCCCCUUCUGCCCGAGAGGUCAUCCCAAUCACAAGGAAUAAAGGUGACAAGCGGGUGGUGAAGCUCUAUCUAAAAUCCAAAGAGACUGGCAAGAAGUUUGCUAAUGUUGACUUUGUUUUCUACAAUUGCAGCGUACACCAGUCCUGCCUUUCCUGUGUCAAUGGAUCAUUCCCGUGCCACUGGUGUAAAUAUCGCCACAUGUGCACACAGAAUGCCAAUGAUUGCUCUUUCCAAGAAGGACGUGUCAACAUAUCAGAGGACUGCCCCCAGAUCUUACCUUCGACCCAGAUCUACAUUCCUGUUGGGGUGACUAAACCUAUCACCCUUGCCGCCAAGAACCUGCCCCAGCCCCAGUCGGGACAGAGGAACUACGAGUGUGUGUUCCACAUCCAGGGAGAGACACACAGUGUCACAGCCCUGCGUUUUAAUAGCACCUCCAUCCAGUGCCAGAAAACAUCGUAUAACUAUGAGGGAAAUGACAUCAGUGACCUGCCAGUGGACUUGUCUGUGGUUUGGAACGGCAACUUUGUCAUUGACAACCCCUACAACAUUAAAGCACACCUGUAUAAGUGCUAUGCUCUGCGGGACAGCUGCGGGAUGUGUCUGAAGGCAAACCCCAGGUUUGAGUGUGGCUGGUGCGUACAGGAGAAGAAGUGUUCACUCAGACAGGAGUGUACUCCUCCAGAGAGCACUUGGAUGCAUGCCACCACCGGAAACAGCCGCUGUGCACACCCCAAGAUUACAAAGCUGUAUCCAGACACCGGACCAAGACAGGGAGGGACCAUGCUGACCAUCACGGGUGAGAACCUGGGUCUACAGUUUAAAGAUAUCCAGAACGGAGUGCGUGUCGGCAAGGUGGCCUGCAAUCCUCAGGAGGACCAAUACAUCAGUGCUGAGCAGAUUGUGUGUCGGUUGAAUGAUGCUACAGGUUAUAGGGUACAGGAAGCUUAUGUGGAAGUGUGUGUCAGGGACUGCAUUCACCCCGACUACAAAGCUGUGUCCACCAAGGCCUUCACCUUUGUGUCUCCAUACUUCAGUCGUGUCCAUCCGUCCACUGGGCCAUUGUCUGGAGGAACCAGGAUCACCAUUGAUGGCUCUUACCUCAACGCGGGCAGCGCUGUGUCGGUGAAGAUUGGACUUCACACCUGCCGAUUUGUGAGGCGGAGCAACAAGGAGAUAGUGUGCAUUACACCAGCAGGCCAGGUGCCAAGCACCAACCCGGUCAUGGUGGACAUAAAUUCCGCUGAGCUGAGGAAUCCAGAGGUCAAAUUCAACUACACAGAUGAUCCCACCAUCCUCAAAAUUGAGCCUGAUUGGAGUAUUGUCAGUGGAGGAACCUUGUUGACCAUUACUGGAACCAAUCUGGCAACCAUCAAGGAGCCAAAAAUGAGAGCAAAGUAUGGAGCUGCCAAGUCUGAAAAUAACUGCACAGUUAUCAGCAACACUGUGAUGUUGUGUCUGGCGCCCUCUGUGGCUGGAUCUGACAAAGGCUUCUCAGAAGCAGGCAGCAGUCCAGAUGAGAUUGGCUUUGUCAUGGAUGAUGUGCACUCUGUGUGGGUGGUAAAUGAGAGCUUCAACUACCACCCAGACCCUGUGUUCGAACCUCUGAGCCCUACGGGUAUGCUGGAGCUGAAGCCCAGUUCUCCACUUAUACUCAAGGGUCGUAACCUAAUUCCUACAGCCCCUGGAAAUGCAAAGCUGAACUACACGGUGCUGAUUGGUGAAACACCCUGCGUCCUCACACUGUCUGAGAGCCAGCUGCUGUGUGAAUGGCCAAAUCUGACCGGAGAGCAUAAAGUGACUGUCCGUGUUGGAGGCUUUGAGUACUCUCCAGGGACUUUACAGAUCUACUCGGACAGCCUCCUCACCCUGCCUGCCAUCAUUGGUAUUGGAGGAGGUGGCGGCUUGCUGCUGCUCGUCAUCAUCGGGGUGCUGAUUGCUUAUAAGAGGAAGUCCCGUGAUGCAGACCGUACCCUCAAACGGUUGCAACUCCAGAUGGACAAUCUGGAAUCAAGGGUGGCCCUGGAGUGCAAGGAAGCCUUUGCAGAGCUGCAGACGGACAUUCAUGAACUCACACAGGAGCUGGACGGAGCGGGCAUCCCCUUCCUCGACUACCGCACUUAUGCCAUGAGAGUCCUUUUUCCGGGGAUUGAGGACCACCCUGUGCUAAAGGAGAUGGAGGUCCCUGCUAACGUGGAGAAGGCGCUGACUUUCUUUGGCCAGCUCCUGACCAAAAAGCAUUUCUUACUGACUUUCAUCCGCACACUGGAGGCGCAGCGGUCCUUCUCCAUGCGAGACCGAGGCAACGUGGCCUCCCUCAUCAUGACAGCACUGCAGGGUGAGAUGGAGUAUGCUACAGGCGUCCUAAAACAACUCCUGUCUGACCUCAUAGACAAAAACCUGGAGAGCAAGAACCAUCCAAAACUGCUACUCAGGAGGACGGAAUCUGUAGCUGAGAAGAUGCUUACCAACUGGUUCACCUUCUUGCUUUACAAGUUCCUGAAGGAGUGUGCUGGGGAGCCUCUGUUCAUGCUGUACUGUGCCAUGAAGCAGCAAAUGGAAAAGGGACCAAUAGACGCAAUCACUGGCGAGGCACGCUACUCCCUCAGCGAAGACAAACUCAUCAGACAGCAGAUUGAUUACAAGACUUUGACCCUGCACUGUGUGAACCCAGAGAAUGAGAAUGCACCGGAGGUGACAGUGAAAAGCCUGAACUGUGACACAGUCACGCAGGUGAAGGAGAAGCUGCUGGACGCUGUGUACAAAGGCACGCCGUACUCACAGAGACCAAAGGCUUCUGAUAUGGACCUGGAAUGGCGACAGGGUAGGAUGGCUCGCAUCAUCCUUCAGGAUGAGGACGUAACCACUAAGAUAGACAAUGACUGGAAGAGACUCAACACUCUGGCUCACUACCAGGUGACAGACGGUUCUGUGAUUGCAUUGGUGCCUAAGCAGAACUCGGCCUACAACAUCUCCAACUCCUCCACUUUUACCAAGUCCCUCAGCAGAUACGAGAGCAUGUUACGAACAGCCAGCAGUCCAGACAGCUUACGUUCUCGAACUCCCAUGAUCACGCCUGAUCUUGAGAGUGGCACCAAACUGUGGCAUCUGGUCAAGAACCACGACCACUCAGACCAGCGGGAGGGGGACAGAGGGAGCAAAAUGGUGUCCGAGAUCUACUUAACCAGACUACUUGCCACAAAGGGGACCCUCCAGAAGUUUGUGGAUGACCUGUUUGAGACCAUCUUUAGCACAGCACACCGAGGUAGCGCGUUGCCACUCGCCAUCAAGUACAUGUUUGACUUUUUGGACGAACAGGCCGACAAACACUCCAUAUCAGACGCUGAUGUACGGCACACUUGGAAGAGCAACUGUCUUCCACUGCGGUUCUGGGUGAACGUGAUCAAGAACCCCCAGUUUGUGUUUGACAUCCACAAAAACAGCAUUACAGACGCUUGCCUGUCUGUGGUGGCCCAGACCUUCAUGGACUCUUGUUCAACAUCAGAACAUAAACUAGGGAAGGACUCUCCUUCAAACAAGCUGCUCUAUGCUAAAGACAUCCCCAACUACAAGAACUGGGUGGAGAGGUACUACUCAGACAUCUCCAGAAUGCCGGCCAUCAGCGACCAGGAUAUGAGUGCCUACCUAGCAGAGCAGUCGCGCCUUCACGCCAACCAGUUCAACAGCAUGUCGGCUCUGCACGAGAUUUAUUCCUACAUUGUCAAGUAUAAGGAUGAGAUCUUGUCGGCUUUGGAGCGAGACGAACAGGCGAGGAGACAGAGACUGAGGAGCAAACUGGAGCAGGUCAUUGACACAAUGGCUCUGACCAGCUGAGGACCCGUUACCACCUCCCCUUCACUGCUUCUCCUCAUCCAUCUCCCUCCCUUGCUCCUCUCACCCCGACAACAAACAAAACUCCAACCCCCAACAGAACGACAAACUGCAAAGAAUUGAAGCAGUACACUGCAAAAUUGGGGGGUUGGCAGAGAUGGGCGCAUGCGUGCGUACGUGUGUAUGUGUGUGUCUGCGUGAGAGACUGGGACUCUGGGUAUCUUCACACGCAGAGAACAUGUCAGCAGACAGCGUUCGGUUAUUGUGGAUGUUGGUGUUUGUGGUUUGCUUAUUUUUGAUUUUGUUGUGAUGAAGUCUGAAAGAAACAGUGGAAGCCUCGAAAGGAACUUCGUACGUGGAGUCGUUACCAUGACGAAGCGGUUGGAACAUGGACCAAUCAGCCAGUGAAGAGAGGCUCUGUGGUGUGAUACUUUCAAACAUAUUAAGUUUUUUUUAUGAUUUUUGUAUAAAUGUAAUCAACUGCCCUCUCUGCUCUCUCGGCUGAAUUUGCACAAUUUACAGAAACAUUACAUGGGAAAACUAUAUAGAUAUUAUAUAUGAAUACAGCUACAUUUUUAAAGAAAGCUUAGGAAGAAAAACAGUUUGCUGUUUCUUUUCUCCCUUUUAACCAAUGAACAAAACAUAAUUUGGUAUUUCAUGUACAAAACAUAGGGGCAAAACAAAAACAAAAAAAAAGUUGUACUGUGCCAUGUUUUCUUUGAAUGUUGUUUAGUGCAAAGACAUUUUGUUAGAUGGAAUGUGCAACUGUAUGAGUUUUAAAUAUGAACAUGCCUCGUGACUGAAAAUGAUUUGUUUGACCUACAUGAAAGCUAUGUUGAAAGCAGCGGGAAACAAAGAGACACGCUCGAUUGUCCCCCAGUUGUGUUCGGACAGUUCAUGGUGACAACAUGAAGCUGCAGUUGUCUCUAUUCAAUCGGCGCAAUCUCUUGGUUUUAGAAAACCAAAUAUUUAGUGGCAGGAAUGUUGCUUUAUCAUACCCAUGUUAGUCCCUGGCACCACAGCUGCUUCUUUUCUUCCAGAAGUGACAGUUUGGUGGAUUGUGGUAGAGCGACUGGACAAUGAAGUAGCGACAUUGCACUACCUGAAAUUUUAUCACAGCUAUCGUAUCUCAGCGGACUCCACGCUCCUGGGUUUGUUAUGUAUAUCCAUCAAAGGGUCAAUUUUUAAGGCAAAGUGCUGCCUUGUGCGACUUUGUUUUGGAGAAUGAGGUUAGGUACGUAGGGCUUGGCCAGGUUCCUCAAUGUCGAAACAAACCUCUUUUCAGCCUGAAGCCACUUUUUUAUCGGUUCAUUGAUGUUAGGGAUGAGUAAAACAUCCCCCAUUUCCCUUCACCUGUAACCGUCCUGUGUGACGUGGACGUUGUAGCUUUCUACCCAUUAGGCUUGUAGGUGUAGAAUGAUGUGGUGGUAAGACUCCUCGGUUCAUUAGCUCCCCCUGGCUGAGUAAUCCUCCACUUGGCCUGAAGCUCUUGAUUUAAAACUAGUCUAUUGCCAUGUGUGGCUUAAGCUUUUUUAUUUUUAAUUUUGUUUGUCACCCUCUUAAGGAUUUUUUUCUUUCAACUAUGAUGUCACUGUUUUUGACUUUGUGAUGAGAAAUGAUAGAUUUUCUUUCCUGCUUGCAGAAAACCAAACUGUGGUCUGUAUAUUGUUUUUGUCAUUGUUUUCAUUUGUAAAUUGUUUACUUUUUAUGAGGAACAAAAGCUGUUUGCUUUUUUUAUAUCAGGUUUUGUUUUGUUGAUUGUCUCUUUAUUUUUAACAUGUAAAUUUGUGCAUUAUGGUACGCAGAAGAUAAAAUUUUCUUCCGUUUGCCUGAAGGUGAAAAACUUGACCGUUCUUGGGGUUUGUUUUUCUGAUCUCAAAGGUCAAAAUGAAAGUCAGAUGAGCAUCUGUCUUUUUGUGAAAAUGUGACUUGCUGCUUUAAAUGUUGUACCUUGUUUUUCUAUCAAACUUUAGGGCUGUCAUUUUAUGCUGAUCAUAAAUGCUGUCACUGUCCAAUUUUACACCAGGUUUCUUUAAAAAGCAAACAUGAGUACAUCUUUCAAAUUAACAUCAGCCCAGUGUUUAGUUUACAUGUGCGAUAUUGAGCCAACUUCACCUGGAUCCUGGUUGGGAUCUGACAGUUCUCCACUAAGAGCCAGAAACCAUCUCCAGGACUAAUGGAAGCUGGUUGGAGACUACACAUGCAAUAUAAUUCAGUUUUAGAAAAUGUUGGGAAGAAAACUUACCCAAAGCAUGCUUUAUUUCCUCUCCCUCUCUCUCUCCCUUUUUUUUUGCGGGUUUUAUAGACGAUAAAACAGUGACGUGCACGUGUUGUGAGACCAUAGUUCGCCGGUUUGGGCGGCACAAAUCCUCCCACUCCCUGCAGAAUCAGCCAAGGCUGUUAAACUUUGUCCCGUUAGGCUUUUUAGACACUUAAAACAUUCUCAUCUCAUUCUCAGGUUGGUGCUCCAUUUGUGUUGUACUCUGUAAUUUGCUCACUUAAAUGACUGCUGAGGGAGUGGGCUUCUUUACAGUUUACAUGGCUACUUACCUUUUAGAUCCACUUGCUUUAUCAGAAGCGUCCCAGCUCUACUUCUGUCGCCUUCAUUUUGGGCUGUUUGUUGUGAUAAUUGACUUGUAUUUAUCAUUAUUGAAGUGGUGCAGAGUGUCAGUAUAACUCCAAGAAUAGAAAGGAGCAUCGACUGUCAACUUAGUCUCACUUAAAACUUGUCCUGAGAACGUGUCGAUUGUAGUUUGGCAGCGCAUCGCUGGCUUUGAAGCUGUCGUUCCGUCAAAUCUGAACAAAUGAACAAAAGUGAAUUUAGCUGCACUGCCUUCAGUGUGAGUGGAUCUAACACAUCGGAUCUGGUGUUACUUUCUCUGCUCAUUAGACGUGUUACAUCACACAUUUGCCUUUCCAAACAUCAUUGAAUCAAGACCGAGCACCAUUCUUCUCUGCUUCCUUCUUCUGUUCUUUUCUCAAAGUUGAACUGCAUAGGAUCCAAGGUGGAACAAAGCAAAUUUAUUUCACAUUUGGCAAAUGAAUUUUAUUACAGUAACUUUCAAACUUGAAGCAACUGUCACAAGUUUGCAGGUUAGCAUUCAUUGUGUAAAUAUUCUGUUAUUUCAUAUUUUGCAGAUUUACUACUUGUAAAUAAACUCGCAUCAAGGAGAGAUUAAACAUUUUUUGCUAUAUAAAA